CCUUGUUUCUUCUUCCCACCAAGAUCAUCAAAGAAUUGCUGAUCAUUAUGGAAACAAAGCAGGAUAUAUCUUCUGCCUUGGAUGGACAGAGAGUACCCUUUUUAUGCCAGAGCAUAAGUGAUCGUAUGUUGUUUCCAUAUGAUAAGAUUGAUAUUUACUCCACACUGAAUGAAUUCACAUGCUUGCAGGUUACUUAAAAUGGUACACGAUGUUUUUCAUGAUCAUCCAUUGUUUGAAACAUUUUUUGUAAAACAUCUAUUUGCUUCUCCCCCCAGGAAUACAUUGUAAUGGGACUUUUGAUCAGUUUGUUUGCUGGCCGUACUCAACCCCAGGAAAAGUAUCUGUUCCUUGUCCUUCGUAUUUGCCAUGGUUGGAAAAUGGAAGUGCAGGAAAUGUAUACAGAGUCUGCUUAGACGAAGGAACUUGGCAAAUGAAGGAAAACUCCACAGACAUUUGGCGUGACAGUUCAGAAUGUUCUGAGAAAAAUAAUCUCCAAAAAAAUGAAGAAGAACAUAAAUUACUUACCACACUACAGUUGCUGUACACUAUAGGAUAUUAUUUUUCUCUCAUCUCACUUGUCUUAGCUCUCCUUAUACUUUCUUUACUCAGAAAACUUCACUGCACAAGAAACUACAUCCAUAUGAAUUUAUUUGCAUCUUUCAUCUUGCGUGCCACAGCCAUUCUUAUUAAAGACAGUGUACUCCACAGGAUUUACUCCAAAAGACCAAAUGAUGAAACUGGAUGGAUAUUAUACCUCAGUCCUGAGAUUUUAAUCAUUUGCAGAACUGCUCAGUUUUUCAUGCACUAUUUUGUUGGAGCAAAUUAUUUUUGGCUAUUAGUAGAAGGAAUUUAUCUGCAUACGUUAUUGAUUACUGCUGUGUUCUCAGAAAGAAGACUGCUGCAGACAUAUAUAGUGAUAGGAUGGGUUGUUCCUAUUCUGUUUGUCGCCCCCUGGGGAAUAAGCAGAUCAAAACUGGAGAACACAGGGUGCUGGGGAACAAAUGAACACAUGGGAAUAUGGUGGAUCAUUCGAGGACCGAUGUUGUUUUCCAUUGCAGUUAAUUUUGGCAUUUUCUUAAAAAUUCUGAGGAUGUUGAUUUCCAAACUAAAAGCCCAGCAAAUGAGCUUUCAUGACUACAAAUACAGACUGGCAAGAUCUACACUUGUGCUGAUUCCAUUGCUGGGGAUCCAUGAGUUUAUAUUUUCCUUCAUCACUGAUGAACAAGUGGAAGGAUUUCCAAGACACGUAAGACUUUUCAUUCAGCUGACAAUGAGUUCAUUUCAUGGUUUUUUUGUAGCAGUUUUAUAUUGCUUUGCAAAUGGAGAGGUAAAAGCAGAACUCCACAAGCAGUGGUCCCGCUUCUUGCUGGCAGAACCCUUUGGUCGUAAACUCUGCUUUCUUGGGCAAAACAUCAAAUACCUCAGGAAAUGUUCACAGAAAGAGAAAAAACAGCACCUCAGCAGCAACCACUUGUGCCUGGAGGUGAAUGAGCCCUGGGGCGUGAAGCUACAGCAGUUGCUGGCAAAGCAGAGGGCAGUUCCAUGCACAGAGCAAGACCGUGCACUUCCAUCUCGUCUGCGGGCAAGUGUGUCAGACAGCAGUGAAGGAGAAGUGACCACUGGAGAGACAACUGAGGAGGUGGUCUUUGAAGAAAGUGAGAUCUAGAAAGAAGUCCACCAGGACAGCACCUUCCAACAGCCACAGUAUUUCAAAAGAUCAUCUUCUUUCAUCUCCAGGCUGCACAGAUCUCUGUGAUGUGCAAUGCAGAGAGAAAGCAGUCCUACUUCUUACAGCCUCAGCUGUAUCACCUCAACUGCCUGUGAAAAAUUUGAACGUUCCUAACCCGUGUGGCUGGGGAGGAACAGGUGCAUCAAAAAAUCCUUUGGGUUGGCCAAUAGAGAUAAUAACAUGCUGAAAGGGAUGUACACAGGGGAGCAGGAUGUAUGCUGGAAAUGAACAGACUGGUCAUUUUCCCCCCCAUCAGCUUCAUCCAUACAUGUCCUAUUCACACAACAAAGUUGUUUGUUGUUUGGUUUUCUCUUUUAUAGUUGCGUUUCAUAAAUAGAGACCGAGAGAUUUUUCUAUCUGCAGAUUGAAAUAAUCCCUCAUCUCAAACAAACAAACAAACAAAACAAAACAACAAAACAAAACAAAAAAACCAUCUAGCUCCAGGUUAACCCAAAUGCAUUUUAUUUAAGCAACACAAUAUGGUUGGGAUGAAGCAAAUUUUGGCUUGGAUGCUUAAGCUUCUUCCCUUAUGAUCUAGUGCUAGAAAUGCCUAUAUGAACUGACAGAUCAAAAAGUAUUUGUUCUUUUUAAAUAACCAAAUGAAAAAUUUUGACAGAAGUAUUUUAGUUUUCACUAUUUUUUGGCACAAACCACAAACAUUCUGAUACAUCUGCACAUUAAAUUACCCUACCUGUCCUGAAGAUAUGCGUUAUGACUGACCUAAAUAACAAAACAGAUCAGUGGGCAGUGCUGCUUCCACCUUCCCCGAGGUACCCAGCAUGGAUAGUGGAUAUCUGAUUGUGUCUGCAUCGAAAGAUGAUUGUGAAAUUUAUCCACUAGUAUUUAAAAAGAGUCAUGUUGAAAUUUUCACUGUCAUACACAGUGUACCUGGGGACCUGAGGAAUUCAAGUUUGUUAAUAUCUAUCUGAUGAGCCAGCCUGCAGACUUGCCAACACAAGCCAUGUGGCAUACUGAAAGGAGAAAGAAAAAGGCAAAAUAAUGAUUAGCAAAUAAUAUUUAUCUAUAAUAUAAAUCUAUGCUCCAGGCACACACACUGUAAUCACUGAGCCAGCAGCAAGUUAUAUAGCAUUUGUUAUGAUUAUCUCCUGUACUUUGCUGGCAGACACUUUGAAUGUUUGCAGAUGUAAUAAAACACAGCAGAUGUCCCCUAAGCAAAGUUUAGAUCUGCCUGUGGGCUCUGUUCUCCCAUUUUUCCUUCUCCCCACCAGGUGCCAACACUGCAGCUGGCCUUCCCUGCCCUUGCUUCUCCCCACAGUGCUGCUCUGUCCCCAGACCUCUGCUAACACCUUUAGAAAUGGCACUUUUUGGAGAGAAGUGGCCUGUAUCUUCGUUACGUUGUUUGAGCAGAUUCACUUUGUGUAGAUUAUAAAACUUACCAAUGUUACCUGCUGUGAUAUACUGCUUUUGUGCAGAGGUCAGAUAAGUUCACUGAGGAGUGCCAGAUCAAGAACACAUUUGAUCAAAUUUCUGGUACUUUUCAAAAAAGUGUUUCUUUUACAGUUUUAUCAAAGUUAAAAAUUUAGUCUCUUUAGUGUAUGUAGAUAACAUAUUAUUAAAAAGUAAAUAUUUGAUAAAUAUGAAAAUAUAUUCUCAUUUUUUAAAGGCUUUUUUUAUAAAAUGUCUGUUUUGCUUAUAUCAUUUUAAUGCAAUGAAUUACAGGCACCCAGCACUACAUAUCUGCUGAUGUCUUCUCAAAUUUAAAGAUUUACUUCUUCCAGAGAUAUUGUUUAUGCUAUUAAAAAGCCUUCAGCAGUUUAGAAUGCAUUUUACAGAGGUGAUAAAAAAUGUGAACAGUGUAAGAAACUUAUAGUAUCUCAGUAAAGUACCUUUUUACUAUAGAGUGUUUCUGUUUCCAUUUCAAAUCUUCACAAAUCCUAUGCUGUGCUAAGCAAGUUGGAGUACAUUCAUAGUCAGUUCCAAAGUCACACAGAACAGCUGCGAGAUGCAACUGCUGUAAGCCAUGUCAUUGCAAUUAUCUUCAGGAAAUUAAGUGGGAGCUGCCACACCAUCAGGCCAUGUCUGUCAACUCAGCUUCUUCUUGUAUCAUGUGCAUCGCAUUCAAUGGUUAUUUUCUCCCAUCACAAAUAAAUUCAUUUCAGCAUUUAAAAGGGGAUUAUAACAGGAGGGGAAUCAACUUUUUACAAGGGUAGGCAGUGAUAGGA